GGUGUGCUUAUCAGCUCAUCUCACUGUCGCUGUCGCCUCAUAUAUAAAAUUCACCUAUUUCAGCAUAGUUCAAGUGUCCCAUAUAAACAUGAAGUGAUUUCUGGUCCUGAGGAGAGAGAAAGUUUUGAUCUUUCACACUCUCUUCUUCUGGGGGGAUAAAGCUGCUUUACAAUUGAAACUCAAUCUUGGAUUUCUUUUCACUGCUUGCAUGCUGCAUCGCUCUAUUUUUUGUUGAAUUUUUCUAGAUCUAGUUUCAAGUUGCUCAUUUUGAAUCUUCUCUCGUUGAAGACUGGUUGUGAUGUCUUCACUCAGUAGGGAGUUGGUGUUCCUGAUCCUGCAAUUUCUGGAUGAGGAAAAGUUCAAAGAGACUGUUCACAAGCUUGAGCAGGAGUCUGGAUUUUUCUUUAACAUGAAGUAUUUUGAAGACGAAGUGCACAAUGGCAAUUGGGAUGAGGUUCAGAGGUAUCUCUCUGGUUUCACAAAAGUAGAUGAUAAUAGGUACUCUAUGAAGAUAUUUUUUGAGAUAAGAAAGCAGAAAUACCUGGAGGCAUUGGAUAAGCAUGAUCGGUCCAAGGCAGUAGAAAUAUUAGCGAAGGAUUUGAAAGUAUUCGCCACAUUUAAUGAGGAGCUGUUCAAAGAAAUCACACAGCUUUUGACAUUGGAGAAUUUUAGGGAAAACGAACAAUUGUCUAAGUAUGGAGAUACGAAAUCUGCUAGAACAAUCAUGUUGGUUGAGCUCAAAAAGUUGAUCGAGGCGAAUCCCUUAUUUCGUGACAAAUUGCAGUUUCCCAACCUUAAAAAUUCAAGGUUACGGACUCUCAUCAAUCAGAGCUUGAAUUGGCAGCAUCAACUUUGUAAGAAUCCUCGGCCGAAUCCGGAUAUAAAAACUCUUUUUGUGGAUCACUCUUGUGGACAACCAAACGGUGCACGGGCUCCAUCACCUGCUAAUAACCCACUGCUAGGAUCCUUACCAAAGGCCGGAGGAUUUCCUCCUCUUGGUGCACAUGGGCCCUUUCAAACUGCUCCAGCCCCUGCGCCGUCACCCCUGGCUGGCUGGAUGUCGAAUCCUAAUCCUACCACGGCAGCACAUGCCGCAGUUUCUGGAGGACCAGCUAUCGGUCUUGGUGGACCAUCAAUUCCUGUUGUUUCGUUGCCUUCUCAAGCUGCUUUGAAGCACCCGAGGACACCUCCAACCAACCCUUCUGUUGACUACCCAUCGGGAGAUUCCGAUCAUGUUUCUAAGAGAACAAGAUCAAUAGGAAUGUCAGACGAGGGAAAUUUACCUGUGAAUGUUUUGUCAGCAACAUUCCCAUCUCAUGGUCAUGGUCAGGCUUUUAAUGCACCUGAUGACUUGCCAAAGACUGUCCUGCGAACUCUAAACCAAGGGUCGUCAACUAUGAGCAUGGAUUUUCAUCCAGUUCGACAGACUUUACUUCUUGUUGGUACUAAUGUGGGAGACAUUGCUUUGUGGGAAGUGGGUUCUAGGGAGCGGCUGGUCUUAAGGAACUUCAAAGUUUGGGAUCUAAGUGCUUGUUCAAUGUCAUUUCAGGCUGCUCUUGUCAAAGAUCCAGGCGUCUCUGUCAAUCGUGUGAUUUGGAGUCCUGAUGGGGCUUUAUUUGGAGUUGCUUACUCAAGGCACAUUGUUCAGAUAUACUCUUACCAUGGUGGGGAUGAAGUACGACAGCAACUGGAGAUUGAUGCGCAUGUUGGCGGAGUAAAUGAUAUAGCAUUUUCUCACCCAAUUAAGCAACUAAGUGUGAUAACAUGUGGUGAUGAUAAGACCAUUAAGGUCUGGGAUGCUGUUUCGGGUACAAAGCAGUAUACUUUUGAAGGUCAUGAAGCUCCCGUUUAUUCUGUCUGCCCGCAUUAUAAAGAAAACAUUCAGUUCAUCUUUUCCACGGCAUUGGAUGGAAAGAUAAAAGCAUGGUUGUAUGACAAUAUGGGAUCUCGUGUUGAUUAUGAUGCACCCGGCCGUUGGUGUUCAACUAUGGCCUAUAGUGCUGAUGGUUCAAGGCUCUUUUCAUGUGGAACUAGCAAGGAUGGGGAAUCUGCUAUUGUUGAAUGGAAUGAAAGCGAAGGAGCUUUUAAAAGGACUUAUCAAGGUUUUCGAAAACGAUCUUUGGGUGUUGUACAAUUUGAUACAACCAAAAACCGAUUUUUGGCUGCCGGUGAUGAUUUCUCCAUUAAAUUUUGGGAUAUGGACAAUAUUCAGCUUUUGACAACUAUUGAUGCUGAUGGGGGUCUCCCUGCAAGUCCGCGUAUCCGUUUCAACAAAGAUGGAUCUCUUUUAGCCGUCUCUGCAAAUGAGAAUGGAAUUAAAAUCUUAUCCAAUGAAGAUGGUAUUCGUUUGUUGCGUUCAUUUGAGAAUUCUAUGUUUGAUGCAACAAGAACGUCGGAAGCCAUGACAAAGCCUACAAUAAAUCCAAUUUCAGCUUCCGCCGUUGCUGCCUCUAGUGCUGCACAUUCAGAUAGGGCCUCAUUUGCGGUAGCUAUAACUGGAAUGAAUGGGGAUGCCCGGAACCUGGGUGAUGUUAAACCUAGAAUAAGUGAUGAAUCAAAUGACAAGUCAAAGAUAUGGAAGCUCACCGAAAUCAAUGAACCUUCUCAAUGUAGAUCCUUGAAGCUACCUGAGAAUCAAAGAGUAACCAAGAUAUCAAGGUUGAUAUACACUAACUCAGGUAAUGCUAUUCUGGCAUUAGCUUCAAAUGCCAUUCAUCUUCUCUGGAAAUGGCAACGAAGUGACCGCAAUUCACCUGCCAAGGCAAGUAUCACUGUGCCACCUCAGUUGUGGCAACCUUCAAGUGGCAUCUUGAUGACUAAUGACAUUAACGAUAACAAUCAUCCUGAGGAAGCUGUUCCCUGCUUUGCUCUGUCCAAAAACGAUUCUUAUGUGAUGUCAGCGUCGGGAGGGAAGAUUUCUCUGUUCAAUAUGAUGACAUUUAAGACAAUGGCAAUGUUCAAGCCAGCACCACCUAUGGCAACCUUUCUGGCUUUCCACCCUCAGGAUAACAAUAUAAUUGCUAUAGGCAUGGAUGAUUCUUCGAUUCAGAUAUAUAAUGUUCGUAUGGAUCAGUUUAAAAGUAAACUCAAAGGUCAUUCUAAAAGAAUAACUGGUCUCGCUUUUUCGCAUAUACUGAAUGUACUAGUUUCUUCUGGGGCAGAUGCUCAGCUUUGUGUGUGGAAUACCGAUGGAUGGGAAAAGCAGAAAACUCGGCUCUUACAACUUCCUGCUGGGAGGACUCCACCGUCGCAGGCAGAUACCCGUGUACAAUUUCAUCAGGAUCAGGUCCGCUUCUUGGUUGUACAUGAAACUCAGCUUGCAAUUCAUGAAGCAACUAAACUAGACUGUUUACACCAGUGGUUCCCAAGAGAUUCUGCCGCACCAAUAUUGCAUGCGACUUUCUCUUGUGAUAGCCAGCUGAUAUUUGCCAGCUUUUUAGAUGCAACAAUCAGUGUAUUCAGUGCUACAAACCUUAGAUUACAAUGCCGGAUCAAUCCUUCUGCUUAUCUUUCUGCAAGUGCCAGCAAUGGUAAUGUGCAACCCCUUGUAAUUGCUGCACAUCCACAAGAACCAAAUCAAUUUGCUGUAGGACUGUCAGAUGGUGUUGUUCAUGUCGUUGAACCCCUUGAGUCUGAAGGCAAGUGGGGUGUGCCUCCACCUAGUGAGAAUGGGUCAGCAAGCAAUGUAGCAGGGGCAGCUUCUUCAGUUAGAGCUUCUUCAGAUGAAGCUCAGAGAUAAACAACUAGUUAUUGUCAACAUUUGUGAGAUUUUCUUAUAAAAUUCUAUAGAUGUAGAAGUUACUUGAGUACUUCCUAGCUUUUUGUCUGCCUCUUUAUUUAGAUUGGUUUUAUCCUAACUUAAUUCCAUUUUGUCUUUAUCACCAACUUUAUUUAUAUGAAUAUAUACUUUUUUAAAA